GAUUCCUCUGCGCUCGUCUGCUCGUGUCUGUCUCUUUCAGCUGCUCUGCUCUCUGCUAGCUCGCCUGCUGCACGAGACCACAUCGUUCCAAUAAAGUUCACCUUGCGGAGUCAUGGCCGACCCAAGAAUACGACAGAUUAAGAUCAAAACCGGCGUUCUGAAGCGGCUGGCCAAAGAGGAGGCGUCGUACAGGACGGAGGCCAAGCAGCAGGAGGAGAAAAUCGAGCAGUUGAAGGCGGCCGCCGCCGACGCUUUCCUCAUCAAGCAGCACAUGGCGAGCUUGCAGGAGACCAUCAUGAUGAUCCCGGACAGCCGCCGUCGCAUGACCGUCGCCCACGCCGACCUGCUGCAGCUGCUGGAAGCGGAGGAGGACUUAUCGGAGUCGGCCGAGUACCAGGAAGCCAAAAGCGUGUUGGAAUCUGUCAAGUUGGAGUCGUGAGCUGGCUUUUAAACCUUCCUUCCUUCGUUCCUUCCUUCCUUCCUUUCUUUUUUUUUUUUUUUUGUCGUUUUCUACGGAACUGCGUCCAUGUUGCCCAUCGCUGCUGAUUCCGCUGCCGCUUUUGAUCCUCCAAAUAUUGCUGCGGCAUCUUUUCUUUUCUUUUUUUUUUUCUUUUAAAUUUGUCUUGUUGUUCUGAUUCCGUGUCCGUAACACUUCGUCUUUUCUGCAACAUUUUGACACUGUCAAUAAACUUGGCAUGUAUUGACAUUUCCUCAAAUGGAGUGCCCCCCCCCCCCCACCUCCACACACAUGCACACACAAACCUUUUUUGGGUUGUUGUUCUUCCCCCUCCCAUAAUUUUUGUGGAUUUUGUAGCAGAUGUUCAUUGUAUCAUUAAUGCUAAUUUUCGUUUGCCAUUUUUUGUGAUUUUUGUAUUUCAUGUUAGCCUGAAGCUAACGGCUCUCAGUAAACUUGAUUCUAUUUCAAAAAUAUUAAAAGUGUGGGGCAACCUGGCCGUUA